UACGCCACACGCACGCGCGAAUACAGCGACGCGGUGACACCAUUUUAGAGGAAGAAAGAAAAACAGAAAACCUGGUCAACAAAUCAAUAAUUCAAUAAUAAUUCAAUUCAUAAGAGUCCAUGUGUGUGUACACGUGAUCUGACCUCAACAGAAAAAAGCUGGGGUCUCGUACUGCGCUUUCGUACCUGAUCUGAGAUCGGACUGUGUUCUGUGUUUAUAGCUGUUAUCAUCUGUGUUCGGGUGGAGCUGAAGCAGUUCGGUUCCGUCCAGAGAGCAGAUGGAUGGAGAUGAGGACAUUCGCUCAGAUGAUGGUAGUGUCACCCCGGUUCAGGAUGAGCAGGAGGAUUUGAGACCUGGAUCGAGACUGUCAGAUGACGAUGUCACGGACAACGAAGACGACACUCAGGACAGGAAAUCUGAGAACAGUGGGUCAGAUCAGGAGGCCCACGAAGGAGGAGACGGAAGCGAUUCAGAGCCCGAACCACCCCGACCCGCUGACAGUGAUGAUGAUGAUGAUGGGGGCAGCUCUCCUGUGAAAGCACCCCGACCCGCCGACAGCGAUGAUGAUGAUGAUGAUGAGGGCAGCUUACCUGUAAAAUCACCCCGACCCGCUGACAGUGAUGAUGAUGAUGGGGGCAGCUCCCCUGUAAAACCACCCCGUCCCGCCGACAGUGAUGACGAUGAUGAUGGGGGCAGCUCCCCUGUGAAACCACCCCGACCUGCCGAUAGUGAUGAUGAUGAUGGGGGCAGCUCCCCUGCAAAACGAAGAGCCAGCAUCUCUGACAAUGAGGAUGAGAAACCUCAACCCGCCAGCGACUCCGACAACGACGAUCAGGAGAAAAGAGCCAGCCCGAAAUCAGGCGCGGGCAGUGAAUCAGACGAUGAUAAACCCAGACAGAAGACACAGAAAUCCUCAGAUGAUGAGGAUGAGGAUGGAGGGAGGAAGGAGAAGGGAAAGUGGAAAGCAGUGAUGAACUCAGACAGUGAGGAUGAGGAGGAGAGACCGAAGAAGGACGCGGAAAGUGAUAAGGAAGAUGCGCCUAAACAACGGACGAUGGACAGCGAAGAUGAUGACGACGAUGACAUGCCUGUGAAGAGGAAAAAGGCUGUGCUGUCGGACAGUGAGGAAGAUGAAGGGAAAGCGGUAAAAAAGAGCAGGGUGGUGUCUGAUGACGAUGACUCUGGCAGUGAUGAAAACUCCGGCGGUCCUGAUAAAAGUUUAGCUGCUAAACUGAAGGAGCUGGGCUCAGACAGCGAGGAUGAAGAGGACACGACGAAGGCAGAAGGAACUAAAGACGAGAAAGCUCUGUUCGGCUCUGACAGUGACUCCGGCGGCGAUGAGGAAGAGAAAAUGAUCGCAGACAUUUUCGGUGAGUCUGGUGAUGAGGAAGAGGAGUUCACGGGCUUUAAUCAAGAAGAGCUGGAGGGCGAGCAGAAGCAGUCUCAGGCAGCAGGACAGAAGAAUGUGGACGACUCCGAUUCAGAUGAUGAUGUUGAUAGAGGAGGAAAAGACAUGUCUUACAUGUCAGAUUUUGACAUGAUGUUGGCCCGUAAGAAAGCUCAGGGCGGGAAACGCAGACGCAAUCGAGACGGCGGCACCUUCAUCAGUGAUGCUGACGAUGUUGUCAGUGCCAUGAUCACCAAAAUGACAGAAGCUGCUGAGGAGGACAGAACUUUAAACAGUCAGAAGAAACCGGCGCUGAAGAAGCUCAUGCUUCUGCCCACAGUCGUCAUGCAUUUAAAAAAACAGGAUCUGAAAGACACGUUUAUAGACAGCGGCGUCAUGGCGGCCAUUAAAGAAUGGAUCAGUCCACUGCCGGAUAAAAGUCUCCCUGCACUCAAGAUCAGAGAGGAACUCCUUAAAAUCCUACAGGAACUGCCCAGCGUAAGCCAGGAAACACUGAAGCUCAGUGGAAUUGGCCGAGCCGUCAUGUUCCUCUACAAACACCCUAAAGAGUCUCGACCAAACAAAGAUCUCGCACUGAAACUCAUCAAUGAGUGGUCGCGGCCCAUCUUCGGUUUAACGUCAAACUACAAGGGAAUGACUCGAGAAGAGAGACAACAGAGAGAUCUCGAUCAACAGAUCGCCCCACGCAGGCGCCUCAGUGAGCCUCAGACGUCUGAUAGGGCAGAAGAACCAGACGUCUUUGCCCCUCCCCACAGCUCAGGUGGACAAACACCCCGCAGAGACCUGGAGAAAGUUCUCACAGGAGAAGAAAAGGCAUUGCGGCCAGGUGACCCAGGCUUCUGUGCGAGGGCGCGUGUGCCCAUGCCUUCUAAUAAAGACUACGUUGUUCGACCCAAGUGGAACGUAGACGGGGACUCGAGCAGGGGUUCGAUGAAGAAGGGAAUGUCACGAGUAGAUAAACAAAUGCGACGCUUCGCGGAUAUCAAAAGAUUAACAAAGCCGGGACACGCGGUAAAGAUCAGCGUGGAGGGGAACCGCAUGCCUCUCUGAUGUCCCUCUCAGGCCACCCAUCCACCCCAAAAUCCCCCAAUGCUUUAUUUUUCUGUUUUGUUUUCCUGUACAAUGUUGGCAGUCUUGGGUGUUCUUCAGUAGUUCUGCAAACUGAUAAGAUGUCAAUAAAGCUGUGAUAUAUCUGCGCAGCCGUGCGCAUUUGAAAUGUACUGACAGAACUGAACCGAAGCUCUGCGGCGUUUGCUUCUGAUGUAUCUUUCAUAAUAAAGUUUCCAUGUUCUGACUUUUA